UUGUCGCAGGAGGGUAUAGACUGCGGCCGCCAUCUUGUAAUUAGAGAAUAGACACAGAGCGAGCCAGAGGAGUGGGUGGAAAGCACGUCCAUAGCCCCCUCCACACUCCGCGUACCUGGAACAAAGGCAGAGGCGCACGUUGGUGUACCCGGCCCCCGGCUCGUUGUCUGCGAUACCAGGACCUCGUCCCCCUCCCCGAGCUCGGACCGGGUGGCUCCCCUGCGGGAUCCGCUUCGCCACGGCAGGAGAGAGGGGCGCUCGGCGGGGCGGGGGGGACACCGUGACAUCCGCCAGCGGCCAGGACAUCAGCGGGGACAGACACCGGAGGAGGAGGCGUCGGCGGGGGAGAUCCCGGCCCGGGGGGAGGAUGGAGGCGGAGAGAGGCGAGCAGAGCAAAGAUGGGGAAGUUAAUGUCUUGGAUGAUAUUUUAACUGAAGCACCAGAUCAAGAUGAUGAACUGUAUAACCCUGAAAGCGAGCAAGAUGUGAAUGAGAAAAAAGGAUCCAAAAGAAAAAGUGACAGAAUUGAUAUGAGUGAACCGAAGAGACAAAAACAAUCUGCACACGUUUCAAGGCAACAACCACAGAGAGUGUCUGCAGGGAGCAAUAAAAGAAUUGCUAGCUCUAAAGGAAAACCAGGUCCAGACUACAAGAACGAUGAUUUCCAUAGGCAAGAGCGGAACAGGAGGUCCGAUGGAGAUCGCCGACUACGUCACUCUGGCAGUACCAUGCGUGAGGCUUUUAAAGGGCCACAGGAUAAGAUGGGAAUGAGAAAGCGAGAAUCAGACAGGGUGACCAAAUCCACUACUCCAGAAAUACAAUCAGAGAAAAUAAGACAUGAGACGAGCAGAAGACAGAGCAGGUCUAGUCACUCCUCUAAUGAUGGAAAUUCAGAAGACUAUGGCUCAGAUCAGGAAACUGGAAGUAGUGACUCCUCUGAACAAGGUAACAGUGGAAACGAAGAGGAAGUAAUGGAGGAGGAGGAGGAUGAGGGAGAAGAAGCUGAGGAGGUGGAAGAGGACGAUGAGGACUAUGAUCAGGACGAGCAAGAACGAGACCAAAGAGAUGGCAAUGAUUAUGAUACACGCAGCGAGGCCAGUGACUCAGAGUCUGACUCUGCCUCUUUUACAGAUGGCGACUCUAUUCGGUCUGGAUCUGGCUCAGACCUUUCAGAUGAGAAAAAGAAGGAAAGGAAAAGGGCUAGAGGUAUUUCUCCAAUUGUGUUUGAUAGAAGUGGAAGUUCUGCAUCAGACUCUUAUGCAGGUUCAGAAAAGAAGCACGAAAAAUUACCCUCUUCUGUUCGUGAUGUCCGCAAAGAACGUAUCAAUAAAAUUCGUUAUAUUAUUCAAGGUGCUAGAUUCUUCCUAAUCAAGAGUAAUAACCAUGAGAAUGUAUCUUUGGCUAAAGCGAAGGGUGUUUGGUCAACAUUACCAGUAAAUGAGAAGAAGCUAAAUGCAGCUUUCAGAUCUUCAAGGAGCGUUAUCUUGGUAUUCUCAGUUAGAGAAAGUGGAAAAUUUCAAGGUUUUGCGCGUUUGUCAUCAGAAUCACAUCAUGGUGGGUCACCUAUCCACUGGGUGCUCCCAGCAGGAAUGAACGCAAAGAUGCUUGGUGGUGUAUUCAAGAUAGACUGGAUAUGCAGGCGUGAAUUGCCCUUCACGAAAUCUGCGCACCUAACCAACUCUUGGAAUGAACAUAAGCCAGUGAAGAUUGGACGAGAUGGUCAGGAAAUUGAAACCGAUUGUGGAAUCCAGCUCUGCCUUCUGUUCCCAACCGAUGACACUAUUGACUUGUAUCAAGUCAUUCACAAAAUGAGACAAAAGAGAAGAAUGAAUUCACAGCCCCGAUCAAGAGGACGUCCCACACGCCGAGAGGCAACACGAGAAGUGGGAAGGCGUCGACCUGAAGAUUAUGAUAUUCAUAACAACCGAAAGAAACCAAGAGUUGACUAUCCCACAGAUUUUCAUCAGCGGCCAGGAUUUGUCAAGGAUCCUCGAUAUCAAGAAGUGGAUCGUAGAUUUACUGGGGUUCGCAGAGACGUAUUUUUAAAUGGGUCUUACAAUGAUUAUGUAAGGGAGCUUCAAAACAUGGGACCACCUCCACCAUGGCAAGGAAUGCCGCCAUACCCAACAAUGCAACAACCUCAACACCAUCCUUAUUAUCAGCAUCAUGCGCCUCCACCUCAGGCACACCCACAGUUCUCAGGCCACCAUCCAGUUCCACACGAUACAAGAUAUCGGGACAAACGGGUUCACGACUAUGAUAUGAGAGUAGAUGAUUUCCUCAGGCGCACACAAGCUGUUGUCAGUGGUCGACGAAGCCGGCCAAGAGAGAGGGAGAGAGAACGUGAACGAGAUCGCCCUAGGGACAACCGCAGAGACAGAGGCCGUGACCGUGAUCGUGACAGAGAUCGUGAGAGAGAGCGGAUGCGAGAUAGGGACAGAGGCGAUCGAGGAGAUCGUACUGAUCGGGGGGAUAGAGGCAGAUACAGGCGAUAAUCUCUUUAAGCAUCAUGGUUGUGUUCUGUUGAACUGUUGCAUUAGAUUUCCCCUCGUGUGUUUACAAUAUAGAGUGACAUUUCUGUUUCUGUAGUCCAUUUUAAAGAGGGGUUGGUGAACAGUUAAUCUUUUAUGACCACAAUGGCAAAUGUUGGUACCCACAAUAUUUGAACUAAUUUCUAAAGAUGCUCAGGCUGGCUGGGCAUCAUUGGAAGCGUGCAAAAUCUUGGUUGCCAGGGUUUGACCAUCCGUUAGACUUGAUCCUCUGUGAACACAAUUUGUGACCUGGAGAAAAUAAGUGACAGAAAUGAGGAGCCAAGUUGACACACACAUUAGAGACCAGACCUUAAAAUGAGUAAGGAGUAUGAGAGCUGUGUAAGGAUUUUGCCAUUUAUGUUUUAUCCCCUUUCACCAGCCUCAUCCAAAUUUUUUGUUUCAGUCCAUAAGUUUAAACCAGUUGAAACACUUAUUCUGAGCCCAUAUUGAUUGAGAAAUAGGCAGUAACUGCCAUUAUAGAGUUUGCUUUCUUUCUGUACAUGUAGUUGCAGAUGAUUCUGUGAAAAUAAUGCUGCUAUUAAGUAUGCAAAUUGCAGUUAGGCUAACUGUAUGUAUUAUAAAAGCCUGCCCUGCACCCUACUUAUCCCAUUUGUCAAUGAUGAAAGCAAUACUAUUAAGCCUAUUGCCUUUUUUUUUUCUUUUCUUUUUUCACUACUUGUAUGCUUUAAUGUUUGGCUGAACAGCAGACUACUGUGGGGAAUGAUCACAACCUAUGUUUGCUAAGAUGAUGUUUAUUAAAAAAAAAGUUUGCUUGUGCUUUCAUUUUUGUAAAAAACUGAAAAACAUGCGAUAUUUGUUACUGCAGUGGUUUUUGAGCCAUGUGAUUUGCAGCUAUUAAGCUCAGUUACCUCUGCUAUAGGGCAUCUCUUAUUUGUGUAGUCUUAUACCAUAAUUGAAGGUUUUGUGCCAUUUUAUAAUAAAAACCACUGUAU